UAUAUACAAUAAGAGACCUAGAAAUAUACGUUUUUUGAUUGCAAAGUUGGCCAUUGUUGAGCAGGGAAUCUGUAAGAGAGAGAAAUAAAUACCCAAAGAAGUUGUACAAGUAGAUAUAUACACAUGACGACCAUCGGAAAAGUGUAUGGAACCAUUGUUGAGAAGUGGUUACAAGAGAGAGAGAGAGACACGUCCGGAGACGGGAAAUCAGGCCGCCUCCGCGAUCCUGAGCAACCUGUCACCACGGGGACGGCCACGGCUUCCUCCUGCGACCGUCACCACAUCCAUUGUGUGUCAUUUGCCACUGUAGCAGCAGCCCUUCUCUCUCAUUGACCACAAAAACUUAACAGAUGAAAGAAUCUAUUUCGAAAAAAAAAAAGCUGCUCUGACAAUCGCCUUUUCAUCUCUCUAGAAUUGACCGUCUGACAUUCAGCCACCCACACACAGUUGUUGGACUGCCAUUGUUGAUUGGUGUCGAGUUGGUUUACAAUGCUCAGCUGGGCCUUGUUUCGCAAAAGCAGGAACAAUGCCAGUCCCAGAGCGAAAUGAAUAUUUAUCUUGCAAGGUCAUGAGACGCUCUGGCUGAGUUUUCAGGAGCAGUUUCUGAUGUGACUCUUGUGUGUGUGUGUCGAAAUGUCAGAUUGCCACGAAUGACUCAAGGCUGUUUGGCCUCUGAAAGAUCAUCAAGACAGUCUAAAUUUUCUGGUUGUUCACCUAAAAGAAAAAAAAAAAUAACAGCCGGUCAUCAAGCCCCGGCAUUCGAUGAAGAAUGAAAAAUCCCGACAUCUCUGUUAGAUCAUCAGAAAAAUAAACAAGAUAAUGGGACAAUAAUGGGCGAGAGAUUCUCUGGGUUUGGCAGAUGGCGUUCCCCCAUUCUUGAUCUUCCGGGAAAGACGCCAAAGAUUCGUUUUCAAAAACAGGCGCCGCCGUUAUUAUAAUUAGACGGAACGUGAGCAAGAAAUAGAAAAAAAAAAGAAAACGGGUCACGCAGGGCCCUACAGGCUUUUUCCCCCCACAACAGCUGACUUGUGUGAGCAGCCGAACUACAGAAGCCCGAACGGUCAGCUGGAUCGUGUUCAUCAUCUGCUGCGCUACCAGAAACGUCAUGGCCGCACCGGUUCAACGUCACAAGAACAGCCCGACACCUUCGACUAUGGACGAUGAAACGGCCACCGAUUUGGACGUUGAAAGUGACGAUGUCGUUCCCGUUCCUCUCGAAGGUGGUGGUCGAGGAGGAAUGGGCGACCGAUUCCGCGACGUCCGGCCCAAGUGGGUCAACCCGUGCGGUGGCAUCCUGGACGAUUCCGGCGUCGACCCGGAUGCUCCGCCGCUGGAAGAUUCCGAAAUUGCCGCCAAUGCCGUCCUCGACGUUGACAUUGCUCUCAGCCAGAUUGAAUCCUUCAAAGAUGAAUUUGUGCGAUCGCUGUUCCGGAUGGACUUUGACGAGAUGGUCCGAACGUGGGCGCAUUUUCACUACGAUUGGUUGCCGGCCUAUGAAGCCGUGCCAAAGGUCAUCGGGGCCCAGCUCGUCCCUCGUCAACUCGAUUCCCUCGAGUUGGGAGCAACGCUGAAAAAGUUGUACCUGGCCUCACAGACGAUAGCCGUAGGUCUGGAACAAGUUAUCCUUGACAGGGCCGUCUACGGCGGGGAUUUUCUGGAACAAUUUGCCACAACCGAGAACAAACUCGCCAUGGUCUUGUGCUCGUUGCAGAUGGCCAUGAUCGAGAAACACGUCGAGCCCGAUGCCGACGCUGCCCGUCAGUUGAUGGACAACAAAUACCGCGACAUGCGGAGCGCUUCUGGCCGCAAUCUCCGCGAUUUCAUCAUCGUCAGGGAUUACAUCAACUUGCUGGAGUACACGAAACAAGUUCUGCAUCACUUUCAACACGGAGGGUCGAGUAGUUGAACAACAACCGGUCUAUAUAAAGAUUCAGAUGGUCGAAAAGGACUUGUUUUUUGGAAUGGAAUUCAAAUUCAUCCAUUAUUAUCUCAAAAACUGUUAUAGUACUAUAUUACUACUACUUAAUUAAGUGUGUCCCAACUCCCUACCACUAUUUAUUGACAUAGGAAUGAACUAUCUGAAGUCUACAUAUUCACACGAUUAACUAUAUCAAAUGCUGUCGGUGUUCAAACAAACUCUGUGUGUGUGUGUGUGUCUUUAAUCCAUGGGGAUUGAAUGCUGGCACUCUUUUAUUUGUGGUUGAUUGAUUUCACCACGUACAAAUUCAGUUCACUUCAAUCCCCCCUCACUUUUCUUUUUGUUAACUCUAUUUGUGUGUGUUGUAGUUAAUGUGUUGGUGAAACUCUGACUGUGAUAUUAUUCAAAUCUGACUUUGUGUUUUGUGUGUGUGUAACAAGUUUUCCACAAAGUUUCACUCAUCCCGCCCUCCUUUGAUUUCAACCUGAUGUUUACUUUCCCCUGAGAUGUACAUUUUUUCGUUAACAAAACUCCAUUCACACACACACAGACACACACACGACAAAAUGGUAUAUGAUACUUUGUGUUUUGACAGCUAAUGUAAACAAUUGUAGUAGCUAUAGAAGUAUACAGUUUAGUUUUCUUGUGUGGGCAGCAACUGCCGGGCUGCCCAUUUUUGAAUGACCAUCUCCUCUCGUAUCCAUCCCAUCAAGAAAGACCAAACAUUUUUUGAUGACCAAUAGUUAUUAUUUACUCAAUUCUAUUUAUUCACACACACACACGUAUACAGAAAAUGCACACAAUAGUCUUUGUCGUCUUUGGCCAUCAAAUAAAUGCUGACCUGAUCCUGA